UACUGAAUUAGCAAACAUGAAUAUAUGCUUUCCUUGGGCUGGAAGCGCUCGUGGUAGACCGCGAAAAGGGAUGAUGAGAAGAGCUGUGUUUUCAGAUACUCAAAGGCGGGGUCUAGAAAAAAGAUUCCAAAUUCAAAAGUAUAUUAGUAAACCAGAUCGAAAAAAACUUGCAGAAAGAUUGGGACUCAAAGAUUCACAGGUGAAAAUUUGGUUUCAAAAUCGCCGAAUGAAGUGGAGAAACAACAAAGAGAGAGAGCUGAUGGCAUCGGGUGGUUCACGUGAACAAACAUUGCCAAAUAAAAACAAUCCAAAUCCUGACUUAAGUGAUACUGAUGGUGAUAGACCUAGAAUAGAUGUUAGUGAUAUUAGUCCUAUAGCGAGUCCACGAAGAUCUACCGAUGACCUUACUGAUAAUGAAGAAAAUGAAGAGAUUAUCAAUGUUACGUGAUCAUGAUGAACU